AUGAGCUGGCUAGGUCGGCAUCCUGCAUGCCUUGGUUGGCCUUGGUGGCGAGAUAAGAGCUUACCACUCCCCGUGGGCCUGGCUCCGGCAAGUCACGUUACCGCCGCUGCCAGAUGGGUUACGCGCAGUUGCUCAGGAGGUCGCCUCAGGCAAUGGGGUGAAAUGUCGCCAUACGCGCGGGGAAUCAUGAGGGAUUAUGCGGGAGCUUGUCGCGACCUUGCAUGUAAGUGCUGUGUUUGGUCCCAAGAGGCCAUGAGGACACCGAUGCCAAUACAAGUCCCCGACCCGUACGGCAGGAGGAUUUUCUUCAGCCGGUCACUUCCAAGGGUCGGGUUAGAGGCGCUACGGACCUCCGCCAUGUACGGGCUGAUCCCCGGCGAUGAGCUCACCAAGCCUGGGCACCAAGAAGCCGAGAUUUCUGCAUGGGAACGCCACUGCCCACAAUAGCGGCCUAUCGCUGAGGGCUGCAUCCAUCCGUGUCUCGGUAGUUCAGGUGAUCAUUGCGAUCUUUGAUCUUUGCAAACACCUCGCCAUUUCUCCUGCCUAUGAAAGCAUGAAAUGGGCGACGGGAGAAAGGGAUGAGCCGUGGCCCCACCAUAACACGUGAAUGGAUGGAUGGGGCGAGCGAGGGGUUGGAAGUGAUAGGAUAAAGGCCGUCGGUCAAGUUGAGCAAGGGCGUGGGAAGGUGGUGGGCAGAGGACGACAGGGGCUCGACGGGGAGGCGGGAAUGGAGCAGACCUGCAGGCGUGAGAAAAGGAACAAGGACAAACAGUAGCGGAGCAGGCCAUGCUGCAGCUCGGGGAAGCGGUCUUCCUGACCAGACCAGAUGGGGAAAAGCGCCGACAAAAAGUUGGAAGGGACGGAUAUGAUUCGCCGACCGGCGUGCAAGUACGUGGUAGUAGCGUGCAGGCUGUAUGCAAAAGGAGUCUCUAAAAGAGGGAGGCGGGUAGCCUCGUGAGCGUCUCGCGACGUGAUUUGUCCUCGUGACCUGGCCCACGGCUCUGGUGCCCUGCCCCUCCCCCCUCCUUCCAGUCCUG